AUGAGCGUCGCUCUCGCCCAGGAAACCGCAAUCGCCAGUACCCAAGUCGUUCGUUCGGGCAAUCCGUCCGCCCACAGUGUUCCAGAGGGGGAUGCCACAUUUCAAGUAGGGAAGAAGGAUAAGUACAAGCCUCAGCCGUCACAGCCCCGAAAGAAGAAGGACCAAGGCAAGUGUCCUAAUUGUGGAAGUUCUCACCCCCGUUCUGAGUGCCCUCAUCGUGACGUAGAGUGUUUCGUCUGUCGCAAGCGGGGACAUUUUGCAAAGUUCUGCAAAAGUAAGAAGUCGUCAAGUCAUCCAGUGCAUACAGUCAAUAGUAUAAGGUCGUCGCACCCCCCAAUCAUGUUGCACACUAUUGUACAUGGUCGUGAGCAUGAAAUGGAAUUGGAUACUGCAUCAUCAUCAAGUUUCGUCAACAAAAAGUUUUGGUAUUCUCUUGGCAAGCCGAAGUUCCACCCAUCGCAAACUACGUUCAAAACCUUCACGGGUCAGGAGUUUAAAUCUGUUGGUCGUCUGUCCACAGAUCUUCAGUACAAUGGACAAUCAAAACGAGUCAUUUUGGAGAUAAGUGAUGGUACAUCUCUUUUUGGUCGUAACCUACUUAAUCAAUUUCAGAUGGACUGGCCGAGUAUCAAGCUCCAAUGUUCUCAAGUAAACAAAAUAAGUAGCGCACCUCUCCGUGACUCUCUUCGCGCCGAAUUCGCCGACGUCUUCGACAAACCCGUUGGAGUAAUACGUAACUUCAAGGCCAAGUUAGUUCUUCGCGAUGAUGCAGUCCCUCGUUUCUUCAAAGCACGUCCCGUCCCAUUUUCUCUUCGUGCCAAGGUGGAUGAAGAAUUGGACAAAAUGGAAAAGUCUGGAGCUAUUCAACGCAUCGAACAUUCAGACUGGGCGUCACCGUAUGAGGAUUUGUUUGAGUCUGUUGCAGGUGGCGUGUCGUUCUCCAAGUUGGACGCCACUGACGCCUACCACCAAGUCGAGGUGGAGGAAAGUUGUAAAAAGUUUCUCGUUAUCAACACUCAUCGUGGCUUGUACCGCUACAACGUGUUGCCCCAAGGGAUCGCUUCCUCACCAGCAAUCUUCCAAGAGAUGGUCGACGGUAUGCUGAAAGGAAUACCCAUGAGUGGAUCGUUUAUCGACGAUAUGAUCAGUUCAGGUCGAACUGAAGAGGAGAAUUUAAGAAAUCUCAAGAUGAUACUACAGCGAAUGCGUGAAUACAACUUCCGGUUAUCAUCCAGCAAGUGUCUGUUCCUCGAGAAGUCAGUCAAGUUUCUGGGUCAAUUCAUUAGUCAAGAUGGAAUUCGUACCGAUCCAGAGAAAGUUGAGGCCGUCAAAUUAAUGCGUCAACCGACCGACCCAUCCGAAGUUAAGUCGUUCUUGGGAUUAGUGAAUUUUUAUGCGAGAUUCAUCCCAAAUCUGUCCACGCUGUGUGAGCCUCUGAACAGAUUAACCCGUACUGAUGUGAAGUGGAAAUGGUGCAAAUUGUGUGAUAAUUCGUUUAAUAAGAUCAAGUCGUUGUUGUCUUCUUCUUGUGUUUUAGCCCAUUUCGAGCAGUCUCUACCAAUUGGGAUCGCGUGUGAUGCUUCAUCAGUCGGACUCGGUACUGUAUUGUUUCACAGAUACCCGGAUGGGAGUGAAAGACCAAUUGCUUUCGCGUCGAAAACCUUGUCCAAGGCUGAGCGAAAUUAUGGUCAAGUUGAGAAGGAAGGACUCGCACUCAUGUUUGGUGUUAAAAGAUUUGUGCAGUUUCUUUAUGGUCGCAGGUUCAUCCUAGUUACAGAUCAUGAACCGUUGUUGUCAAUCUUUGGAGCGAAGACAGGACUGCCCCCUUUAAUCGCGUCUCGAUUACACCGGUGGAGUCUGUAUCUCAGUUCGUUCCAGUAUGAUGUCGAGUAUCGGAACACCAAGAAACAUGGAAAUGCUGACGCGUUGUCACGUUUGCCAUUGUCCGCCGCGCCAUCAAUUGACCAAGACAGUGAAGCCAUUGUCAAAAGAGUGGUGGAGGACAACCCAGUAAUGUCAAAGAAUAUCAGAUUCAGGACUGCAAAAGAUGAAGAAUUGUCUCUUGUCAUACGCUACAUACGCCAAGGUUGGCCCAGCAAGCAGUCACAAUUACCGCAGAAAAUCCAGUCUUAUUUUCCGCAUCGUAACGAGUUCACAGUGGAGGAAGGUAUCAUUUUGUGGAGACUCCGCGUCGUCGUACCGUCAGCCCUGAAGUCACAACUUCUUCGUCAACUCCACGAGUCGCAUCGAGGAAUAGUGCGAAUGAAAGCAAUUGCGCGUCAAGUUAUGUGGUGGCCAGGAAUCGAUGUGGACAUUGAAAAGCAAGUCAAAUCAUGCACAGAGUGUGCUGUCCACCGGGACAACCCGUCCGUAGCCCCCCUCCAUCCAUGGUCAUUCCCGGAAAAGCCCUGGCAACGCAUCCAUGUGGAUCUCGCAGGACCUUUUCUCAGUAAUAUGUGGCUCAUCAUGGUCGAUGCCCACAGUAAAUGGCCAGAAGUCGGUAAAUUGGGAAACAAUUCCACUUCUAGCAAUGUCAUUGUCAAAAUCAGAGAGAUGUUUUCAAGAUUUGGAAUUCCAGAAACCAUCGUUUCAGAUAAUGGUCCCCAAUUUGUGUCAGAAGAGUUCGAGCGAUUUUGUAAGAAGAAUGGAAUACGUCACACUACAAGUAGCGCGUAUCAUCCUCGUAGUAAUGGAGAAGCAGAGCGAUUUAUUCGUGCCUUUAAGAGUUCCAUGUCUAAAGGGGAAGGAAAUGAUAACUUGUCCUUGUGUAAUUUCCUGUUGAGCUACAGAACUACGCCCCAUGCGACAACUGGAGUAGCGCCUGCAGAAGUCCUCCUCAAGUCCAAGCCUCGAACGUUAUUGGAUCUAAUCCGUCCUGAUCCAAGUGCCCGUGUCCGUACACGUCAAGAGAUUCAAGUCGAGUCGUUUGGUGGUCACUCAGCCAGUCGAGAGUUUCGAGUGGGUGACAGUGUUUGGGUCCAGUCAUUUUCCAAGAACAUGCCGAAGUGGUCCUUGGGAAAUAUCACGAGAGCAGUGGGUCCUGUCUCGUAUGAUGUCACUGUUGGAGAUCGUGUUAUGAAGCGUCAUGUCGAUCACAUUGUUGCAGCCGAUCUGUCCCAAUUUCCAUGUACCAGUUCUCCAUCAAAGUCCGAUACCAAACAUGAAGACAAUCAGUCGACACCAAAAUCAAAAAGUCCAGAGUUUAAGAGUACGGAAUCAAGUCCAACCAGUCCCGUCAAGGAACGCGUCGUCGUCCCUAUUCCUAUCGAGAUUCCAGAAGAGGAACCCAUAGUUGACCUCAACGAGAGUCUGGCGUCGUCCCGUCCUCAGCGUCAGCGCCGGAAACCUAAAGUCUUCGAUCUGUAG